GAUGCUUAUUUACAUACUUUAUGCGAAAAUAUUUUCAUCGCAAUCAUAAUUGAAUUGGGACUGUACACAAGACCAGAACCAUUUUUGGAACAAGAACCAUUUUAAAUUUACCAGUAGAUAUUUUAAGCACCCUGUAAUUGAGCUAACUACUAACAUAAUUUCCUCUAAAAUGUGGUAUCAUUAAAUGGCUCCUUUGUGUACUAUAUAAUUAAAGCCGUAGGAUAUGACUAAUGAGAAUUUUCCUUCGCACCAAAUAUCUCAAAAGUCUUGUCUGUAAAUCUAGUUGAAGCAAUUUUGUCGUGCGUUUACCAAGGUUUCGAGGGGAUCGACAAAUGUAUUUCGUUUUUGGAUGUUGAAAAACUUGAAGUGCCUGCUAUUUGUGAUCGCUAAAAUGGAAAGCGAAGAAAUUCUGUGGAAAGAAGUGCUUAAUAAAUUAGCAGAGCAAUCUAAUCGUGUACAAGACACGAGAAAAAUAAGUUCAGAUAAGCAAACGCACUAAAGUAAUUCCCCACAUGAUACUGGGCAGAUGGUUUGCAAGGAAAUACCGCGAAUAAUCAACAAUCUGGGAUAAUUGACCUGAUAUUAAAGUUGCAAUAAAGGGGUUUUCAUAAAAUCCUUGUAGUUGAUGAGUUGAACUAUAUUCGAGCGCAUCGUUCGGAGUAAUCACAAAUUAUUCAUGAGUCGUGUAGAAGGGCUACUUUAAAUAUACGUGUACAAAAUGUGGAAUGUUAUAUAUUCAAUGGUUCAAAAGAAGGAACGACCAGAAGAUUUCGAAGAUAAAAGAAUAGCGCAGGUCGAUAAUGGAUUCUUCGAGAAAUUCGGUUCACUUUUCCGGGAGCAAGCCGAGAUGGCUCAGACCCGAGAACAAGUGGAAAAAGAACAAGUCGCCGAAGCAGCAGCCCAAUUAGUUCCAAAAGAGGAUGACGAUGAAGAACCGGAAACGCCACCAGCUUCUGUCGAUAGUGAGACGUCGUCCUCAGACUCCCAAAUCGACGAAAAUGAAUUUGAAAACGACUUUAUAGCUACCGCUUUUAACAUUGACGAGUUAUACACAGAGAUCCUCUACAUUAUUCUGCACAACGUCGGUUGCGAUGUCAAUCUGGAAGUGCCCCAAAAUUCCUUGUUCUCGUACGCUCAAGAUGCUUUCCGAGUUCCCCACAACAAGCAUUUGCAGCUUCUCGACUUGGCGGAGAAAAAAGAGGACCCAGAACUGAUAAUCAACGUGGAAGUUAUUGAAGCCAAAGAUUUAAGACCCAAAGACUCGAAUGGAAAUAGUGAUCCAUUCGUCACGUUAUAUUUAGCGUCUAAUACCUCGCAUCGAUAUAAUACAUCAGUGAAACCCACUACGCUGAAUCCUGUUUGGGAGGAACAUUUUGCAUUACCCAUUACUGACAAGUCUAUAGACGAUACUCUUUGCCUGGAAGUAUGGGACUUCGAUCCCGCUGAAACCGUCAAGGAAAAAUUGGGAAAGCUAUUCGAUGUAAAGGGCGUUAAGGGAAUGCGGAAAUUGGUCAAGGAAAUCGCGGUCACCGCUGCAACAGGCCAGCAUGACAACGAACUGAUUGGAAGAGCCAAAAUUCCACUGAAUACGAUUCCAGCAAGCGGUAUGACGAUGUGGUAUACGCUAGAUAAGAAGAAUAAAAUAACAAGGCAGGGGGUUUUGAAAGUGAGGAUUUGCUUCAGUUCGGGCAAAAAUAAUCAAGUAGCAGCUCAAGAGCAUAGGCAUAUAAGACGGAUUAUAUUGGUACAUGAACUAGACGUAUCGAAGCCCGCAGCUUAUUGGUGGUGCGAAAAUUUCGGUCCAGAAGCAAAUCAACUACUUACCCAGCACAUCGCACAAUCGGGACUAAGUCCUACAGAAGUAGCGCUUUGUUCCUACUCAGUGUACGCUGGUAUACACCAAAGCCAUCCUUUAAGCUUCUGUAUAUUUUCGAAAUUACUGGAAAAACUUCUGAAACCCCUUCAAACUGAGAUGAUUCUCGAAGAAGACAUGAAGUUGUUUUGGGAGGCUACCAGAAAACUGCUUCCCUCCUGUUUCGCCGUCAUACGAAGGAUCCGAAAGAAAAAUGCAAACGAAAAGACUGUGAUGAAACAGGUAAUUGAAGUCUUGAAGAUUUUUAACUAUGUGAUGGCGUUGGAGCCGACCAAUAUCGAUUUGUUUCCUCAAAACCUGUACCCCUGGAUAACGUUCCAUGGAGACGAUCCAAACUGUGAUAUUGCAGGAACAUUGCAAGAUGCUAUUUCGAAAGGAGCUGGUGACUGGUUGAAUUACUUGAUCGAAAAUAACAAAGCGACCGCUGAAACUGCUUUAGCUAGACUGCAGAACUUAAUUCAGCUACUCCAAUUGGUUCGAAGUGAUUUGCAGAAAGCUAUCGAGUUUUAUGACAAACUUUUUAUAGAACAUGUAAACUUCCAAUACGCUAAAAGCCUUUACAUAUUUUACCAAGCGAAAAUAUCGACACUGUGCGAGCCAGAGGUGCGUCAAAUCUGCAAAAACCUCAAAACCUUAGACUAUUCAGGUUACGAUUUUGGCAAUGGUCCUGUUAAUACGGAUCCCACUGUCGAUCCUCUGGCGGAAGGAACUUCGCUGUUUGAUCUUUACCUCACUAUUCAAAGAUUUGUCAUCUUGGGUCAGGGAAUAUGCCCUUCGGAUUAUAACGGAUUUCAUAUCAAAAACUUCCAUCAGUGGUUCCAUGCAGGAGUCGCCCAAUGGUUAGACAUAGCGGUCUAUAAAGCUCUUCAACGAAUCGAGAAAGCCAUCGAAUUGGAUCAGCUCGUUCAUAUUGAUACUUCCGUGAAAUAUAGUUCGUCUGCAGUGGAUACCUUAACAAUUUUCUAUCAGGUGAAUACCUUUUGGCAACAACUGAACUGGCCUGAUGUAGAGAGCUGUUACACAUUCAUUGCUAAAAUCAUCGAUGAUAUCUGCAGAUGUUGUAUCUUCUAUGCGGAAAAAAUGGCAUCAAAAGUGGAUGGAAUGGGUGAUAUUGAAAACAUUUACGAAAAAAAAUUCGAAGUAACAAACGAAUGGUGUUUGGCUAUCAACAAUAUCGACUAUGUGAGGGAAACGUUGGAACCAUUCACUAACGAUUUAGGAAUGGAGGAGAUUCUCAAGAAAAUAUUGGAGUUGAAAAGUCCGGUCGACGCUCAAAGGUGUCGAGAUACAUUGAAUAUGGUUAUUUCCAAUGCUAUUGACACAGUUCGGAAUGCCAUUAUCGAACUUUUACAAACAGUGGUUCAAAAGAUGGCCCCUUCCAUGAAACGACUCCUCAUCGAAGGUGCGGAGUUAUGCAACCAAGACAAUAAUAGUAUAGAUAGACUGAUGUCGUAUGUGGACCGAAAUUUGGAAACAAUGCACCGAGAGUUAAAUGAAGAAAACUUUAAUCGGACUCUGGAAAUUGUCUGGGAUAUGCUAAGUCAAACAUUGGACGAAAUUAUUCAGACAAACUUGGAGAAUAGACGACCGCCCUCAUUCUUUGCCAAUCUCCAAAAAACUUUGAAAUUAAUGCUGGGAGCAUACAAGGAUCCCACAGACUGCACGAGUUGUGAUUCUUUGAAAAGAACUGAGCAAAUUUUAAGGAUAAAUGGGCUGGAAACCUCUGAUCUCAUACACGAAGUUCAUUUAGAACUAGCUAAAAAAUUCGAUGAACUCCCAGAAUCGCCGUAUGGCGAGAUCUCAUUUAGGUGUAAAUUUGAUGGAGAUGUUCUCCAAGUUGAAGUGAUCAAUGCACGUGAUUUAGCUGCAAUGGAUUCAAGUGGAGCUAGUGAUUCUUUCGUCCGAAUUCAUUUGCUACCCGAACAUAAAUUCAGUAGCAUAGACAAGCCAAAAACCAAAACUCAUAAUAAAACUUUAUUUCCACUUUACGACGAAACAUUUACAAUAAACUUAUCACCGGAACAAAGAGAAAUUAAAGACGGUCUCGUAUUACUUAGUGUGAAAGACAAAGAUAUGCUAGGCUACAACAAUCAGUAUAUAGGAGAAGCUUUUCUAAGAUUCAAAGAUAUUCCAAUCACUAGUGAGUCACUUAGCAACUUACCUCAAGUUAAGAAAUGGCUGGGAAGACCGACAUCGUUUGAGAUGGACACGAUUAAAGCUUUGGAGCAUAGAUUGGGUGAUAAACAAGCCAAAGAAUUUCUUAAAAAGUUCAAACAGAGGCUAGCUUCCUAGCAUAGGUUUUCUAUUAGAAAUGUACUUAAUAGACUGUUUUUUCGAUAAUAUUUACUGAUAACAUUGUAAUUAAUAAUAGUUGUCCCAUUUCUACCAUCGUUUACAGAAUUAAAUUGUUAUAUGUAUUUUCAUUUAA